AGGUGGGGAGCUGCAGGCGUGCGGAGCUCGUUCCCCGGCGGGUUCCUUGCAGGGCGUGGGGGGUCCUCAAUCGAUGUGGCUGCUUGCCCGUGGGAGGAGCUCCCCGUGCAGCGUCCUGGGGCCGGCGUGGGGCGCGGCGGGUCCCAGCGGGGGACCAUGAAUCUCUUACCGAAAAGCUGCAAGGAGUUCGGCGCCGCCGAGUACUGGGAGAAGUUCUUCCAGCAGCGCGGGAAGAGGACGUUCGAGUGGUAUGGCACGUACCUGGAGCUCUGCGGGCUGCUGCACAAGUACAUCAAGCCCCGGGAGAAGGUGCUGGUGGUGGGCUGCGGGAACUCAGAACUGAGCGAGCAGCUGUACGACGUGGGCUUUCAGGACCUGGUUAACAUCGACAUCAGCGAGGUGGUCAUCCGGCAGAUGACAGAGCGUAACGCCAGCCGCCGGCCCCACCUGCGCUUCCUGCAGAUGGACAUGACCUGCAUGGACUUCCCCGACGCCGCCUUCCAGGUGGUGCUGGACAAGGGCACGCUGGACGCCGUGCUGCCGGACGAGGCAGAGGAGACGGUGCAGCGGGUGGACAGGAUGCUGACCGAGGUGGGCCGCGUCCUGCAGGUGGGCGGCCGCUACCUCUGCAUCUCGCUGGCCCAGGCGCAUGUGCUGAAGAAGGCGGUGGGCCACUUCUCCCGGGAGGGCUGGAUGGUGAGAGUCCACCAGGUGGCUGCUGACCAGGACCCGGGGCCUGGCGCUGAGCCGCGUUUCUCCUUGCCCGUCUUCGUCUUCGUCAUGACCAAGCUCAGGCCACUGCCCGGCGGCCCCGCCCGGCCCCUCUUCGAGCUCUGCGCGCAGGAGCAGGGCCCGGCUCUGCGGCUGGACAGUGCCGAGCGGCUGGUCGAGGCGGUCAGCGAGCGACAGCGCUAUGCCUGGCUCUGUGGUCAGCUGCGCCGCCAGGCUGGCCUGGGGACCGUGUCCCUGGACCUGUGCCACGGGGACACCGGGGAGCCCCGCUACACCCUGCACGUGGUGGACAGUCCCGCCGGGAAAGCAGCACGGGACAGCCACUUUGCCAUUUUCAUCAUCCCCCAGGGCAGGGAGACCGAGUGGCUCUUCGGCACGGAAGAAGGCCGGAAGCAGCUAGCGGCCAGCGCAGGCUUCCGGAGGCUGGUGACCGUGGCCCUGCACCGCGGCCAGUCCUAUGAGGGCAUGGACAGCAUCCAGGCCGAGCUGUCCACCCGCGUCCUGGAGCUGGCCCCCGCGGGGAUGCCGGCCCAGCACCAGGUACCCUUCUUGUCCGUGGGCGGGGACAUCGGGGAGCGCACCCUGCGGCACCAGGCCUGCAGUCCCCUGAGUGGCGACUUUGUGGUGGAGGACGUGCAAGGGGACGGUGGCCACCUCUUCCGGCGACUCAUCUUCCUCUGCAGCAGGAAUGUUGUGCAGUCAGAGGCGCGUCUGCUGCCCGCCACGGCCCCCGGAGACCAGAAGAAGCGGAAGCGGCAGCGCAGGAAGCCGCGGGCCCCUGGCACUGCCGAGGACCCCCCCGCGGGCCCCGGGCAGCCGGUGGACAAGAGCUACCUGUGCUGUGAGCACCACAGGGCCAUGGUCGCCGGCCUGGCCCUGCUGCAGAGCUCGGCCCCCCUCCUAGAGACGCCCCUGGCGGUGCUGGUGGUGGGCCUGGGGGGCGGCAGCCUCCCCCUCUUCAUCCACGACCACUUCCCCAAGUCUUGCGUGGACGCCGUGGAGCUCGACCCCUCCAUGCUGGCCGUGGCCACCGAGUGGUUCGGCUUCUCCCCGAGUGACCGCCUGAAGGUGCACAUCGCCGACGGCCUGGUCCACAUCGCCAGCCUGGCCGGGCGGGAAGCACCGCCCCACUACCACGCCGUCAUGUUCGACGUGGACAGCAAGGACCCCACCCUGGGCAUGAGCUGCCCUCCGCCCGCCUUUGUGUCACAGUCCUUUCUGCAGAAGGUCAGCAGCAUCCUGAGGCCGGAAGGCGUCUUCAUCCUCAACCUCGUGUGCCGGGACCCGGCGCUGAAGGCCUCGGUGCUGGCCGGGCUCAAGGCCGCCUUCCCACUCCUAUACGUCCGGCGCAUCGAGGGCGAGGUGAACGAGAUCCUGUUUUGCCAGCUGCACCCCGAGGCCAAGCGGAGCACCCCCGAGCUCCUGGAGGGGGCCCGGGCCCUGGAGCGGGCCCUGAGGGGGCCCGGGAGGCGCUGGGACGACACCUACGUCCUCUCUGACAUGCUGGAGUCUGUGAGGAUUGUGUGAGGGCCAGCUGGGCCCGGGACAGGCCACGCUUGCGGUC